AUGCCAAGGAGCCCACAUCAGGAGGCUUCUGGCCUACCCUGGAGCAGCCCGGAGCCCACCAUGGGGUCGGUGCAGGCCUCAGAGCCCAGAGCCAGGCAAUUGUGGAGCCUAGAACCGUCGAUGGUGCCAGCGGAGACCUGGGAGGCUACAGCCCCCCACCGGAGGAAGCUAUGCCCUUUGAGCUGCAGAAGUCCGGCCAGGGAGUCAUCAGCCCAGCUUCCUUGCAGCUCCCUCUGCCAAGCCCAGGUUUGGGGGUGCCCAGUGCACCCCCCGAGCAGCCCCAAGCCCUCGGGCCUGCCAGCCCUGGCUUCAGAGGCAACAGCCCUCCCCCUGAGGAGGCUGUGCCAUUUGAGCUUGGAAGAGCAGCCUCUGGGGAUGAUAGCCCACCCCCUGGGCGCCCCGGAGCCUCUCCUGAGCCCUACGGUGGCGACCAGACCUCGGCAGUCUCGGGCCCGGGUGCGUUCCUCCUCUCUGCCUGCGCGGAGGCGCCCCCCCUCUGGGUCCCCGGAGUGCCCAUCUAUCCAGCUGGAGAAGCUGCUGCCAGAGCGUUUCUUGGCUUCGCGGGCAGCAGCCCCCCGAUGGAGAUCUCCAGACCCCUCUUCGAGAUUGGCAGCGCCCCCCAUGGAGUCGACGACGCUCCCGUCAGCAUGGACAGCCCCCCAAUCGCGCUUGAUGACCCGCCCAUCGAGGUCUCCAGAGCCCCAGUCGAGGCAGAGAGCGCAGAAGGAGAGAGACCCCCAGUUGAGGGAGCAGCGUCUGAGAUGGAAGGAAGCUCCGGAGCUGCAGGCGCCGAGGGAGGCAAAGUCUCCACUGCCCGGGAUGAAGGAGCCCCUGCUGCCACCGGGGCCACCGCUGCCACUAAGGGAGCAGCCCCUGGCGCUGCCGCCGCCGCUGCCCCAGCCUGGGCCAUGCCUGGCGCUGCCGCCGCUGCCCGGCCCCGAGAUUCAGCCGGCCGAUCUCCCUAGUCCGGUCCCUCCUCGUGCGGCUGCCCGGCGGGCCAAGGCUGAGCGCGGCCGCAGCCGCACCCGCCGCGACCCUGGCUCCGACAGCAGCGACGAUGAGCUUAGCGGAGACGAGUCCGACAUCCCGUCCGGCUGCUUCAUCUGGAGGAAGUGGAAGAAGAGCAAGCGCUCGAAGAGCGCUCAGAAGAGCUGCUGCAACUUUUUCCCGAAGUUGCUCACCGGCGCCUUCGGAGCCUGCUUCCGAAAACGCACCCGGAGCGCAGAGCCCAGAAGCGCCUCCCAAGACCAGACGAUUCCUCUGGCGGAGAAGCGGCGCCAGAAGCGCAAAGAAGCGAUGGAGAAACGUGCUCAGAAGCGUGCCGAGAAGGCUCGGAGCAAGAUCAUCGACAAGCAGCUCCAGGAUGAAAAGAUGGGGUACAUGUGUACGCACCGCCUGCUGCUUCUAGGUAAUGCGGCGGCUCUGCCCGCGAGCAGGGCCGCCGGCGGCCGGGGAGGGUGGCAGGGCGGCCUGGUGGCGCGCAGGGCCCGCGGCCGAGGAGGGCCCGGGCAAAGGCAGGAGCGCCUGCCAGAAAGUUCCAAUCAGGGGCCCUAA